CGAGUCGAGCCGGCUGGUCAUUGUCCACGCAACACCGCAGAGAGGCUUGUGCAUUGCACCACUUGGAGACAGAUAUACACACAGAGCCAUCUCUCUCCUCCUCCUCUCUCACAUUCUUGCCUCUCCUCCAUCCGGCAGCAUCCUACUCUCGCCUCCACCUCCAGCAACCAUGGCCAGCACCGUAUCAGCCUACUCAGACAAGAUCAAAGAGAUGUCCAUGCUGUCUCUGAUCUGCUCCUGCUUCCACUCACAACCACAUCCCAACAGCCUCUACCAAUAUGGAGACAUGGAAGUGAAGUCCCUAAACAAGCGGGCAUCCGGCCAGGCCUUCGAGGUCAUCCUGAAGGCCCCCGCUGACCUCUCUCCUGACAGGCCCCAGCCGCUGUUCUCUCCCCCUAAGAAGGACCUCUCUCUGGAGGAGCUCCAGAAGAGGCUAGAGGCUGCGGAGGAGAGGAGGAAGUCUCAGGAGGCCCUGCUCCUGAAGCAGCUGGCUGAGAAGCGGGAGCAUGAGCGAGAGGUGCUCCACAAGGCCCUGGAGGAGAACAACAACUUCAGCAAGAUGGCAGAGGAGAAACUCAACUACAAGAUGGAGGUCAACAAAGAGAACCGCGAGGCCCACCUGAAUGCGCUCAAGCAGAGGCUCCGUGAGAAGGAAAUCCAUGCCGAUGAGGUCCGUAGAAACAAGGAACUCCAAGCUGACCUCUCUGGUUGAAGAUAUUUUCUAGGGUUUUGUCAAGAGAUUCUCGUCUGGUUUUGGUUGGAAAGAAAUGCUACUUUUUUAAAUCUCGAUGUCUGAAAGUCUCUUGCAUUGUUCAAUAUACACUGGUUUCACAAGCUAAUAAUUCAACAACAAUUUACACAGAUUGUUUCUCAUCUCUCAAUUUAUUUAUUUUAAAUAAUAUUGAUAAACAUUUGCACCUUUCUUAAGACUGCACCUGUGAGUUCAUACAAGGGAACAAAAUGAAAACAUUUGAAACAUUUCUUCUUUAUCUUAGGAAACCUACCCCUCUUACCUUUAUUUUACAUUUAAUUUUACAUUUAAGUCAUUGUGUUUGGUUCUGUCUGGAAAAAUAAUCAGUAAAAUCUUACACUUGUGCAAAUGCUUGGUAUGUCGGGCCCUCUGUGUGUUAGAUCAUAAUGAUGAAUUUCCCUUAUUGAGCCAAAAACAUAGCUCAAUAGUUACGUUUAAUUCUCAUAGGAAGUCAUGAUUAUGCUGCAUCUGUACUGUGAACAAACCUGUUACACAUAUUGCCAAAAUGUCUUUCUCUUGAAAAAUUAGCUUGAGGUCUUUACACAAUCCCUCCAUCUAUCAAGCUAAAUUGAUUCAAGUGUUGCCCUUGCUUGGACCAAGUGUAAAAGGGUUAUCUGAUAAUAUACAAUAUUCAGCACACUCUAUAGGCAAACACUAUAACCUGGUCAUUCAUCAUAUAUAGUCAUACCCAUUGUCAGUUUGUGCAGCCAUCUUCAAUCAAGCAAGCCAUGUCAAUCAAGUGACUGUAUAAAAUGGAGCACAGUCGUAUUUAGGCUUCAGUUCAAUAAAGUUCAGUAUUCAGUUUGCCGUAAACGUCAGUAAAUUAAUAAGGUUACGAUGCAUACGUUUAAACUGCUUUAAGAGUGGGUUUAGGUCUCUUUUAGGUUUAAUUUCCGAGUUACUGAAAUCUCCCACACAGUCUGUUUAUUUCUGAGAAUCACUCAAUUACAUUUAGUAACAAGAUGACUCCACUACAGAGUGCCAUAGUUUGUUUGCAGUGAGAUACAGAGCAAUGUGACAGAACUGUCUUAAUGCAAAUUAUAUGCAAAGUGUUUAUUUGAUUUUGUUAUUGGAUUAUGAUGUAAACGUUGGCAUGUAAUGUAGAGGCAUCAAAUGCUGACACAGCACUGAAUGUAUUGCCAGACACACUUACCCUUCUAGCAACAUAUAUCUUAAUUUGGUCAUCCUGUUGUUGCAGGAAUUUUCCUGCUUAGCAGGAAAUGCGAACUUGUAGUGUAUUUAAGGUUUAAAAAGGCUUCCACUUCAAAAUGUCAGACUUGAUUUACUCUAAUGAGUAAAUGUAACAAACCCUACAAAAAUGUCCAUUCAUUAUAAUCGACAUAAUACUUCACAGCUCUUGUUGCUGCAGGAUCAUUUUCCUGCUGUAGCAAACUGGCUCAAUUUAAGAUCCUACAUCUGUAGGCAACUCGUGCCUGGUUUCCAUAUAGCAGUGUUAUUGGGGAUGAGACUGCUCAGCUUCUGUAGGGUUCUGCUAGGACACAGUCCUUUCAUGCAGGUGCUUGACUUGGUUGGUUGUCGCCAUGUAUUAAGUAACCUUGACAUCGUGCCAACUUCUGUUUUUAUUCUCUUUGUCUAAGAUGAGUCCACCAGGCCACCAUGCUUACACAGUACAUACACACACACUGUUGGCCAUUCAUUUAACUUAGAUUCAUUGCAUACAGCGACUCUGUGUGCAUAACUCAACAGUAUCUCACCUUUAAUAAAAGGUUAACGUUGCUGCUGUUGCUGGAAUAUAAAGUCUGAUGAACUAUAAUAAAGUUGGUGAUACCUUAUUUUGUCAUUUACAUUUGUGACCCCUAUUAAUUAACAUAUUACAAUUUUUACAAUAACCACGUUUCCAUCCAGCCUUUUUAUGCUAGUAAAGUCCAUCUCGGGGUAAUGAAUGUCAUGAUAGGCCUGAUGGAAACAUGACAUUUGUCGGUAAACUUUCCAAAUGUCGACAAAAUAAAAUCCACUAGUCAAGGUGGUAUCUUUUUGUUUCAAUAAAAUGUAUGAUGUGCGAAA